GCGAAUCGCAGGGGGUCAACAUGUUCCUAAGGGCCCAAAGAACCAGGUGCUGAAUUCAGUUUGCAGACAGACACUCAACAACGUGCAAGAGACCUCCGCUUGGAGAUAGCGAACCAGGAAGUGGCUUGAAUUCAAUGAUGAGGACACCCAACGGAAGGAAACUGCUGCAAGCUUCCUUCAGCCAAUGCAGAGUCCUUGAAACCCUCUUGCUAUUUGAGGAGCAACAGACCUGAAGUGCCUUGGUGCGCAACCAGCUGACUGAGCAGAACACCUGUGGGGCCACUGCUUGCGUCAGCUGUGCUUGUAGGUCCAUGCCGGAGCGCAUCGCGUGGCGGCGAGGGCUGGUCAUGCCUGGGGGCAAGUAUGUUAAUGGCAGGCAGGAUGCACAGCGUUGGGUGCACAGCGUUGGGCGGAGAAGAAUGUGCAAUGACAAGAGGCAGGCAUCCAGUCAAUGCACGACGCAUUUUGGACCGGGUAUAUGCCCGGGAUUGGCGUGAGGGGCCCAGCGGAGCACCCAGCUUAGGAUGCGCCCUGGAAUGUAUCACAGGGUGAAAAGAGUCUCACAAGAACCGGGUUGGGCACAUAUCAUCGCCGAGUGGGGGCAACCCCCUGGCUGGAGCUCGUCGCUGAUGACGUCAUCGGACAGGUCCUGGCCCCCGUCCGAUGCUGACGUCAGCGCCGGAAGCGAAAUCCGCCUGCGGGUGGAAAAUUAUACGUGGCGCGAGCGGGUGUGACGUCUCGGCGGUCGCAACAGAACAGCUGCAAUUAGGACGUGUUCACGCUUGCGCGCUCGAGGCCGUCACCCGCUGUGCCGGCCGCGUACCCUAGUAGGCCACAAAUACUGCCCCGCUGUCCGAGGUAGCGCUGUGCGCGAAACGACCCUGAAGUGCUUUCGCGGAUCAUCCUGCGAGAGUCGUCUGAAUGCGCCUGCGAGCGCGGGGUUUGGCGCCAACGCCGGAUGCGACAGCGGUCGCAGUCGCCGUUCAUGACAGAGGUAUUGUCAUCCGGGCUCGGAGAAUCAUACGGAAGGCUUCAGAAAGGGAGCGGUUCCUGGCGCGGUUUCUGCGUCUACUGGUGCCUGCUGAGCCGGCGGGGGUUGCGGGUGGCCAGACUUUUGGAUUGGGAAGCUCCUUUGAGCCAUGCAAUGAUGACAGCGUCAGAGUGCCGACACAUUGACAGUAGCUUCGAGGGAGCACUCUUUAGUUGCCGCUUCUGGACUCGAGCGACUUGAUUGGCUCAUCUGUUAAGAAUACACGGAGAUUGUGUACUAUGAUAUAUUGUGAGCGAUUUAAUUGGCUCGUCAAAACUUG